AUGCCCCGAGCCUUCUUGGUCAGGAGCAGGCGUGUGCAGCCACCCAACUGGGGCCACCUGCCUGACCAGCUCCGGGGCGAUGCCUAUGUGCCAGACUGCAGCAGCCUGGGGGUGCUGCCGCCACGCCAGCCCUCCGGCCUCGUGGACUCCUGGGCAGCGCCCACACAGGGCACCUUGGCCUCUGCUCCCAGAGGCCCUGGGACACUCGGCUGUCCACUCUGCCCCAAGGCCUUCCCGCUGCAGCGCAUGCUGACACGCCACCUCAAAUGCCACAGCCCGGCCCGGCGCCAUGUAUGCCGCUGUUGUGGCAAAGGCUUUCAUGAUGCCUUUGAUCUCAAGCGUCACAUGAGGACUCACACUGGGAUCCGGCCCUUCCGCUGCGGCGCUUGCGGGAAGGCGUUCACCCAGCGCUGCUCCCUGGAAGCGCACCUGGCCAAGGUGCAUGGCCAGCCAGCCAGCUACGCCUACCGCGAGCGCCGGGAGAAGCUGCACGUGUGCGAGGACUGCGGCUUCACCAGCUCCAGGCCGGAGGCCUACGCGCAGCACCGCGCCCUGCACCGCCCUGUCUGA